AUGACUAUAUUCCUGUCAAUCAAAGUUCAUUUCCAAGGUGUGUUCAUCAACAAACCUUUUUGCUAUUCUGAUGGUGUUCAUCAUGUGUUCGAGAACGUCAAUUUUGCUGGUAUGUCAUAUAAUGAGUUUGUGGGUUUUCUUGAACGAUUCACACAAGAGAAGUGUGAGAAAGUUUAUUAUUGUCAACCCGAUUUACAAAUCCCAAAAGGUUUAACCUUGAUUUCGAAUGAACGUCAAUAUCAAGAAUUUAUAGAUAUUGCUUAUGAAUGUGGAGUACAAGUUUCUGUUUACAUGGACCAUUUUGGUACAACUGUGCAUGUAACGAAGGCAAAUGAAAAUGAAAAUAAGGAUAAUUGUUAUGUCAAGUCAAACAUGUCAAUCGAAGGGGGAAGAAGAUGGAUUGGUAGUCAUUUCACCCCGGAAGUGCUUGAGAAUCAGAAAUUCAAUGUUAGGAUGUUAAAAGAGGAAGGGAUAAUUGAAGCUGUGAAAGAUUUAUUUCCAGAGAUAGAACAUAGGCAAUGUGCCAAGCAUGUUCUUUCCAAUUUCAAGAAGAAAUUCCUUGGGGCUCAGUAUGAGAAACUAUUUUGGAAGGCUUGUAAGGCCUCAACUGAACCUCUUUUCAAUUCUGCAAUGAAAGAGAUUCGAAUGAUUAGUCCUGCUGCUUAUGUGCAUCUGAUGGGAAGGAAUCCAAACUCAUGGUCAAGAGCAUUUUUUCAAUUAGGAAGGGGGUGUGAUGCAAGGAUGUGUAAUUUGAGGCAGAAAGGAAGUGGAUGGGGACAUUUUGAUGUAUGUCCAAACAUAAGGAUUGCCCUAAAUGAAUUAAAUAUCCAACAAAGGUACUGGCAAGUGCUUCCUAGUGGCUUGAAUACAUUUGAAACAAGAAACUUAGUAGAGUCUUCUGGAGUUGAUCUGGAAAUGAAAAUAUGCUCUUUUAGGAUCUGGCAAAUGAAUGGUAUGAAUGGGAGUGCAAUGUGGCCCCUAUCAGAGUACAUACCACCUUUGCCACCAUUGAAAAGGAAGAUGCCAGGGAGACCCACUAUUAAGAGAAAGAGGGACCGUAUUGAGCUUACUGGAUCACACGGAGUAUCCAAGGCAGGUAAAACAAUGUUCUGUGGUGUUUGUAAGAAAUUAGGCCACAAUAAGUCAACCUGUGAUGUGGUGUCAAAGCCCCAAAAAAGUCAGGUGAAAAAGAGGAAGGCUAAAGGUGAAGGUGAAUCUAGUGCAUUAAAGAAAAGGAAGGGUCAAGGGAAAAAUGGGAAGGGAAAGGGUGAAAGUGAUACUGGAAGUGGAAUUGGUUACAAAAUGGGAGAAAGUGAAUGUGAGUCAACAAGUGGUGUGACUAAGAAGUAUGGUAAAAAAGUAGAUACAUUGAAAUUAAGAAAAAAGUCAGAUAGGAUACUAAAUAAAAAGUUGGCAAAAAGGUUGCAGGCAAAAAACGGUGAAGGUGAUACAUCAAGCAAACCAAUGGACUUGGAUUAA